UGGGCGGUUCAUGAAUGGGGCUCUUAAGUGGGAGGGCCCCUCGUCUGAGUUUAGCAGGCAGGAGGAAGAAAGUGUGUGAUGUGUUUUGCUGCGAUGCUCCUUCAUGACGGUUUAUAAACAGUCCAGCGGUGAGCGGUUCUCUGUGUUUGCGGAUUGUAGCGGAGGGAUCUUCACCCCGCAGGGAUAGCAUCCUUCGGCUGAGACGUACAGGCCAGCGGCCACAGCAGCAGCAGCGGAACCAGAGGGAGGCAGAGUCGUGUCGAUGAGCCAUGGGGUUCCGCAAGAAAAACAAGAGCCCACCAGUGCUGAGCCACGAGUUUGUGAUCCAGAAUCACGCCGACAUGGUUUCCUGUUUGGCCAUGAUCAUCCUCCUCGGCCUAAUGUUUGAGGUCACGGCAAAGUUUGCCAUCAUGUUCAUCACAGUCCAGUACAAUGUUACUCAAGUUCUCGAUGAGAAAAGCGAGCCAGUAAACCUUUACCAGUACGGCCCUAAAGAUGUGGCUACAGUGUUUUUCUACCUACUCAUAGCAGUCAUACUUCACGCCUUGAUUCAAGAGUAUAUUCUCGAUAAAAUUAAUAGGAGGUUGCACCUGUCGAAGACCAAACACAGCAAGUUUAAUGAGUCUGGCCAGCUAGCAGCGUUCUACCUGUUCUCCUUUAUCUGGGGCUGCAGCAUCCUAACAGCGGAGGAGUUUGCAACAAAUCCCACUUUCUUAUGGGAGGGGUACCCACACACCAACAUGGUUUUUCAGGUUAAAUUCUUCUACAUUUGCCAAAUUGCCUAUUGGCUCCACGCACUUCCUGAGCUGUACUUUCAAAAAGUACGAAAGGAGGACAUCCCCCGCCAGCUUUAUUAUAUUUGCCUUUAUGUUGUCCACAUCUCUGGUGCCUAUAUAUUAAACCUCCACCGACUGGGCCUGGUGCUGCUGGUCCCUCAUUACCUGGUCGAACUUUUGUUCCACGCUUCACGCCUUUUCUACUUCAGUGACGAGAACAAGCAAAAAGGUUUCACCUUGUGGGCGCUGCUUUUUGUCAUUGCCCGCCUGCUCACCCUCACGCUGUCAGUGCUGACAUUUGGCUUUGGUCUGCCCCGUACGGAAAACCACGGUUUUUCCUUGGCAGAAGGCAACUUUAAUGUGCUCACCGUCAGGAUGACCUGCCUAUCAGCCGUCUGUCUGACGCAGGCCUGGAUGAUGUGGAAGUUCAUUAAUUUCCAGUUAAAAAAGUGGCGAGAGCACAGCCAAAAUCAAGCAUCAAAGAAGAAGACAGUGAGCCCAAAGAGCAAGCCUCAUAAAAGAGAAACUAUCAAGGGAGGAGCUGCCAAUGGAGUUGUCAAGUCUGAGGAUAAAAUGUCACCACGAGCAAGAAAAGUCAAAGCUUCAUAAAAUCAGACAAGCUUGGAGAGAUGAGAAAAUAAUUUCUGAUAAUGUGACAUUACAGGUGGUUUCAGGCUGCAGGAACCUUUUUAAUAGUUCUCAUAACAGCGUAAGGUGGAUUCCUCUCUUUGUUUAUAUUUGUGCUGCAGGAACCAUGGCCUCUUUGCAGAGCUACUUUUAAUGAGUGUUUUUAAGAUCCUGCGACAGAAUAUAAGCCCUCCGUAUGCAAUCGGGGACAUAGGUGGCCCAGUUGCAUAUAGAUUGGUAGUCAGUUGUUCACUUGGUCAUUAUCUGGUUUUUAGAAACGCCUCAAACUGUACAUAACAAAUUUGAGAACGUUCACCAAAAUAACAGAAGUUAGGUCCAGUCUUAUCUGACUGAGAGAAUUUCUCAAUAAAACAUGCAGGAAAUUCAGAAUUGCAGAAAGAAAAUCCAAAUUUACACUCAUGAUGGUGUAUCAGGUAGAGAAGCAAGUGGCAAAAGUAGACUCAACAUUUUAAAUACUUAAUUUAGAUAGAAGUUUUGAAACCUUAAACUUACAGGGUUUUUUAAAGACGCUCCAGGACAGUUCACUGCUUCAUCAAUUCUCACACCCAUUUCUUCUCCACCCACCUCAGUUAUCGGGUAGAGGGCAACAUAUGUCCAGGAAGCAUGACAUUCCCUUUAGGAAGUGAUACAACAUCAAUUCUGUCCUGAUUGGUUCAUAAUGCUCUUAUAUUUUGUAAACAGACAUUGGUCCUGAAUCACACAUUCUUUUUAUGUGUUGUAAAGGAGGAGUUAAAAUUUUCAAUUUAAUCUUGUAUUGCUAAUUUAAUAAACAUAAAAUAUUUAAUAAAUCUAAAUGCUCAUUCAUAGCAGAGUUUAACGAUACCAAUAUUUUAAGGACAAAUUAGCGCCAUAUAAAAUUUUGUUACUUUGUAAUUAAUCAUUUAGGCUAGUAUUUAUCAACCACUCAAUGUUUUUAUCAGUAUGAUGUGACUUGGUUCUACCUUCAAUUUAAAAGAACAAUAUUUUUAUUUAGUUUUAAAAACUACUUAUUUAACAAAUUCAUUUUUUCAGGUUCCUAUGUCUUCAUCUGAUUUCUCACUAACUCAAAACACAGGGGUCGAGAAGAUUUUCAGCUCUUUCUGGAAAUCUGUCUCUCUUCACUGUGAAGAGAGACAGAUUUAACAUUACAGUUCUUACCUUUGUUAGCGGUCCAAAAAGGUUGGAGUGGGAUUCAGGCAGAAAUGUUUGGUGGAGCUCACAAAUGGUGGAUCUUCAGAAAUAAUUUGAAUUGUGAAUUUUCUCUCACCAGGUCAAUUUGGCUCAACUUGGUCGAGUUGACCUGGCAUGAGAGGUCGAAUCAAAGUCUCAGUCAUGUUCAAGAUGUAAAACAAUCACUGAAUGACAUCAUACGAUUUUAAAUUUCAGGCAACUUUACAAAACCAGAGCCAUGUUUGUCACGGAAGAGCCAGGAAAUUCUCUACUCACUAAAACAAUUGAAUCUUCUCAUAAAUCCUCUAACAGGAACUUCUCAAUCACACCCAAAAAAGUCUGGUUCGGCCAAAAUGGAGAAGGAAUGAAAUGACCAGCAAUUUCAGAAAACCAAUGUUUUGUUUUUUUUUUUCCUCCUAACUCUGCCUAAGUUAUUUAACGCAACAUACACAGAGACCCAGCUCUGAUUUUGUGGGUCCUUUUGGUGUGGCUUUAAUUUGGUGAAUGUUGCAAGCAUAACUGACAUUGCCACAAUGAUCGUCUGGCAACUGCUAUGCAAUCACUAUUUUUUUUUUCUAGCAGUGCAAAUGCAAGCAAAAAAAAAAAAAAAAUAGAAGUUGUAUUUCUUAUUACUUUGCUGAAUGGGGGAUUCCUAAAGCUAUAGGAUCUCCAAGAGUUCUUAGAAAAGUUUGGUCAGAAGAAACAUUGUUUCUUAUAAAAUCUAAAAAUGCAUCUGCUGCUCUUGUGGGAAAAUGAAACAUUUUUGCACACUAAGAAACCUUUAUAUGAAUCCCCCUCUGGGGUUGAAAAACCCCCUUUCUGAAAAUUUCAGUGUUACUGUGAGCUGCAAGUGUUCAUUGUUCGUUCGGGUUUGCUGAAUGGGGAUGUUGUCUGGGCACGGCUGGUUUUGACGCUUUAACAUGAUGGAUUUAGCUAUUUGAAGUGUCCUUUUGUGUAAAACAGCAAUCACUCCUUGGAAAAAUUUUUUAAAACGGAGUACUUCUUCAGUAAUUUCACAUGGAAUCCCUUCAUAAUUCCUUACAAAGCCAAUACUUGACUUCAGGGGAACAUAAAGUGUUCAGUGCACAGAUUAGCAGCACAGGGUGUCAUUUUAAGUGUUGGUCUUGUUAAACAUUCUGCUGUUUUCCAGGAAAAGAUGCAAAAUAAAAUACGAGAGGCAAAUAUUUGUGAACAACAAAGCCUGUGCUGAACUGUCAGAACAUUUACUGCCAUUAUUUGACGGCCUCUGCCAUUGAAGUCCGACAUGUUUCAGGAUUGAGGCAUUUAAAUAUUUCAGCCACUACUCUGGUAUUCUGACUUGUGAUGCUGUAUUGUUUGUAUACAGUUAAAUCUUUAUAUUGGCAUGAUGGAAAUUAUGUUUGCUGAGGAUGCAUUUUGGUCUUUUCUAUGGCAAUGCAUGAUGGUUUCAGGCUAAAGGCUUGUACGGCUAGUUCCUUGUGCUGUUGAGUUUGCAUCUUUUACAUACUACUACAAACACACAAACAUUAAGUGACCUUUUUUAACAACUGCUGCAAGAUGUUUCAGUUAUUUAUUUUUGUCAUAAACAACAGAGUUAUUAUUUUAUAUGCUUUUAAAAGCUAUAACCAGCAAACACAGUGGUACAUAGCAACUGCAUUUAAUCAAUCCAAACAAAACAAUCUUUCUUCAAGUGUCCUUACAAAUGCUGAGGGUUUAUUUCACUUCUUCUGUUUGCGUUUUUUGCAACCCUUUGGUAUCAGGGGACAAGCUAUUUACCGCUCACACCAUAACUUGCGUCCCAUGGUUCAAUGGGAGGUGUGUUUGUGAGGGACUGUGUUUUGUAUGCGUGUGCACUUGUUCUCGUGCGUGUAAAGUGUUGUUUAGCUCGUAAAUUAUAACUGGGAAUGAUGGUUUAUUGCUUGUCUUGUUCAAAGGAAAAAAAAACAUGCCUGUGUGCAAUCUGUUCAAUGACUCCUGGCUGUUGUUGGAUAGUUUUUGUUAUUUCUGUCUUUUCGCCACCACUUUUUAUCUGUCCUGGUAUGACUUGCCUAAGGCUACCAAAAUGCUGUGUGUAAAAACACUGAAUUGUGGAUUCUUGUUUUGUUUUUGUUUUUUUGGUUGGUGCGAUACUAAAUGCUUCUGUGUUUAAUGUGUCUGCCCUGCCACUUGGGGCAUGCUCUUGUCUCCCUGCUUCGCCUUUUCAAUGAUCCUGGCAUUGCCCAUGCACUCUUUAUGAUCGUGGAUAAAGUUUCUGUGCACAAGAUGUCUUUUCCCAGGAAAGUCUGAAUUAAAUGGCUACUAAUAGUUUAGAGACUGAGAUUGAUUGGUUAUAACAGCCAUGAAUAUUCCAUGGUUUCAAAAUAUUAACACACAAAUGUUAAACAUGCUCUAUAUGCUUUUAUUUUAAAAACAAAAGCAACAAUUAUUCCUCCUAAUUGUAAAAUAAUAUAUAUUACAUUUAUUUCAGUCUUGAUGAAACAUACUUUUGUAUGGGUGUUUCUAUGAUUUUUUUUUUAAUAAUAAACUUUUUGUGUCCUUCAUAUAACAUACAUAUUGUUAUCUAGUGUUGAUCUACUGUCUGCAGUUCCACUGUUUGAUUUCCAUGCCAUUUUCUAAAAUUUAGCCUAUGUAGUUCCACAAAACUUGAGCUAGUUUACAGAAGUUGUUUGUUGAUCAUUUGUUUAGCGUUGACGCCUUUUCUCCCCCAUGGCGUUCUGCUCACAACGGGGAACAAUGACAUUAUGUUUUACAACUCCAAAAACAGUAUUUCUGAAGCAGGAGAAAACAUUUUUCUGAGUUUGUCUUUUGACAAUUUGCAGGAAACCCAACGAAAUGUUGGGGCAAAGAUGCUAGUAGCUUAGCAAUUAGCUAACUAUGCCAGAAAAAACCCCACAUCAGUAAGAACCAUUAUGUUGAGUCAGAAAAAAUGAAAAAGUUGCUUAUUCAACAUGAUGCUUUGUUAGUCGCAAAGCUUUCUUGGUCAAUUCUGUCGUUGCAGGCCUACAGUCACUGUGACAAAAUAAUUGUCGCAAAUCAGAAAUUGGAGAAUACUAAGAACAGUAGAAACUAAAGCAUCCAUAAUGUUAGUUAGAUCUAAUUAUUCAUUUCUAUGUUGUUUUACAUUACUUUAAAGCUACUGGGUUUGGAAACAUAUGUAUUAAAAUUUGAUAAAGCCUGAAGCAGGGACUAAAUGACUAUGUCUGUUCUUAUGGAGAUUACCACAAUUUUUCAGUAGGUUUGAAUUAGUUUGUCAGUUUUCUGACUAGUAAAUCUGAUUUUGAUCACAACUUGGUAAUUUUCUCAGCUAUGUUUUACAUUUCAGUUAAGACACUUUACUACAUACAUAUCUCUUUUUAAGAUAAUUAUUUACAGUUUAAAUAUUUCUCCUAGGAGUAAACAACUAAAGCUAUUUCGUUUUAAAUAGAUUAACUUUUUUUUUUCAACUGCAAUUAGAGCAGCAUGUCCUCUAAUUGCCUCAUCCUCCCAGAUGACUUACUUUUUUUUUCACAAAAAUAUCAAAUCUCAUUGUUUUUCUGGAAGCAAAGGGUUGAAACAAUUCUUGUCAAAAUUAUCAGCAAUCAGGACAUCCCUAAUUAUUAGGUAUGUUUAUGUUAUUUAUAUUUAUUUAAAUUUUACACUAACCUAUGUGAAAAUAUGGUCUAAACACUGGUAGCAUAUGGAGUAUAACAAGAUAGUAAAUUCGUUAAGGUCUUUCCUCCAGUAGCAAAUUAACUGUAGUUUCCCCACCAUGGAUGAAAAACUACAAAUGGCUAACUAAGGGAAAGUAAAACUGGAGCACAACAAUAUGUUGUGCUAUAAUCAGCCACUGAAAACUCCAGUAACUCCAGACAUUCAUCUGGCAUCUUAAUGAAAGGUCUUAAAAUCUUAGGAAGAGUAUGAUGGAAACUUGUGUGGUUUUGAAACUGUGACUUUUUAAAACCUUGGUUUCCCGAAAACUGCGUACAUGGAAGAACACGAGGAUCCAAGCUUUAGCAACUUGGGGGUUUUGGUUGCCUUUAAGAGCAAUUUGUGUAACAUUUAUGUGGCAUUGUCAAGGGAGAAAAGGAAGAGCAGUGGAGUUAUGUACCAGCCUCUUAUUAAACUAUUUUAGAAGCAACAUAUUUUAAAAAAGAGAGAAAUGUACACUGUACUUAAUUAUGUGUCAGAUUUUUAAGCUAUUUUUAUAAGGGGAGGAAAACUGUUCAAAUUGACUGUUUAGUAUAAGCCUGUGAAUAUUUGUUUUGCAUCCAUGUUAUGAGUUGUUUGGGAUAUUAUUUUUUAAAUAGAAUGACGCUUGCUGAAUUGUUAAGUGUAUACACAUUGUGGUAUGAGUGUAAACUUUAUAUAACCUAUUGGUUUAUGUAAAAUCAUGGCCUUAUUAGAGCAAGUUGUACUCUGCUAUAUAACACUUAGCUGCAGAUGUGCAUUGCAGCUUUCACAACUACACAUUUUUUAUAGUUACAAUGAGGUGUUUUGUUCUUUUGGAGCAGGAGUUUAGUAUGUAGAUUUUUUUCCUGUGAAAAUGUAAAACUUCCCCCCUCAUUCUGACACAAAACAUUAAGUUUAAGGAGAAUAAUUAUCGUUUAUUGUGUUUGUUUCUUUUUGCAUUGUGUGCAUUACGCACCACAACACUGCUAUUGGUGAAAUUCAAACUGGACUGCAUUUUCAUGAUUGUUGAAAACUUAAACAGAAAGCAGCAAGGAAAUAAAUGUAUGUGGAGCCUCUCAGUCCAACAGUCUUAUAUAUAUAUAUAUAUAUAUAUAUAUAUAUAUAUAUAUAUAUAUAUAUAUAUAUAUAUAUAUAUA